ACUAGUCGAAUUUGUAAAAGGGUACGCGCACGCACACAUAAAAGCUGCGACUGAAAAAAGUGUUGCCAAAUGGCAGCACAAAUGCGCGGUAUCGAUAGUGGAAUCUAGUUCGAUGCCAAGGCAAUAAGCAGCAUUUUCUAGCACUGCCCAAACAGCUGCUCAGUCGCUCCUCAGUUGUUGUGUUUAUUUAUAUAUGCUAGAGGAUACUGUACUCCACAUAUUUAAAAUUUAUAUGGAUGGGGUAUUAUACCCUUUGCAAGGGGAACAGAUUGAAUUGGACUCAAAUGCUUUCCUGCUAAAAUUGCCGGUAUUGUUGUAGCCCUACCUUAGUGCUGCCAACUUUCUCUCUUUAAAAAAGUAUAUUCUAUGGUAUAAAAGUAAACAAAUCAUGGAACUAUUGAAUGAAUCCGUCGUACAAAAAAAGCCAGCGCGUAUGUCCACAGGUGCCAAGCUCCUAAUAGCGGCAACAGGCGGCGUGGGCGUUGGACUAUCUAUAGUAUGCGCGUCAUUUGUGGCUCCCGCCUUUCGAAGGAUCUGCCUGCCCUAUGUUCCUGCCACAACAGAACAAAUCAGCAAUGUACUGACCUUCCUGCCAAAAACUGCAAGAGGAAGGCUAUUGGAUAUAGGCUCUGGAGACGGUCGCAUUGUAGUUUCCGCAGCGCAGCACGCAAAUGCGCUCCAAACUGAUGGAGUGGAGCUAAAUCCUUGGUUGGUUUACUAUUCCCGACUGUCCGCACUACGCCAAGGUGUAAGGAAACAGACGCGCUUCUUCCGCCGGGACCUCUGGAAAUUCAGCAUUAAAGAUUACAACUAUGUCGUCAUAUUCGGAGUCGAGCAAAUGAUGAAAGAUUUGGAGCACAAGUUGAUCUCAGAGUGUCAACACAAUGCAAAAGUAAUUGCCUGCCGGUUCCCAAUGCCUCAUCUACAGCCGGAACGCACCAUCGAGGAUGGCGUGAAUACAGUGUGGUUUUAUGAUCUAAGCAAGCAAGGCCGCCAGAAUAAAUGCAACUUACAGUGCUGAGAAAAACUGCUUAAAUUAGUGACAUACAUGCUAAGAAUUGGAGAAAGCCGGCAUACGUAUUUCUGCGUACACACAAGAUGGCUUGUCAAUACUACGAAAGUAUAAAAAUAUCCACG